AUGAAAUCAACCACACCGUUUUUUCAUCUAAAAAUUGAUAAUUUUUUAUCAUCCUCCGAUCUUCAACGUAUACAAGAUUUUUAUAAUAAACAAAAAUUUUAUCUUAAACACACCGACCUAUUUAAAUUUUUACAAACUGAUGAAUUCGCUCAAGAAUCUGAUAUUGAUUUUUUUAAAUGUAAAUUAUAUGAAGUGUUUAAAGACUUUACUGACAUUACACAUACUUUUUUUACAAUGUUCGCAUCUUAUUAUAGAAAAGGAGAUUAUCUUUCUUGUCACGAUGAUUUGGUAGAAGAAAGGAUGUACGCAUUUACAUUCUAUCUUGAUGAUCUAAACUCUGGAGACCUAAUUUUAUUUAACAAUGAAUGCAAUAAAGAAUAUAAACGAAUAUCUAUUAAAAAGAAUAGACUUGUUAUUUUUCAAGUUUCUGCUUUGUCUUUUCAUGAGGUUGAUAUUUGCAAACACGACAGGCGUAAAGCGAUAACUGGUUGGUUAAAUAAAAAUGGGUACGUACAGCUUCUAAAAAAUAUUGAAUACAAUUACAGUUUGCCUGUUGUUGAAUUAAUUCCUUUUGAUUUAGAUGAUUUUAAUGAUAAUGUACUUGUCUACGAGGGUGUAGAAUAUGAUUUUAGAGAAUUGUCCUCACAAAUCGAAGGACCAUUUUUAAUGAGGCGUGUUACUUCGCUUAAUCUAAAUACAUAUCUUGCACUAGAUAUUCCUGGACACACACUAUGUUAUAUUAAUUGUUAUAGUAUAAAUUACGAUUCUUACAUCCUUCUAAAUGAUUAUACAAAUCAAUUAGAAGGAGAUCUAGUUGAUGUUUUUAUUAUUGAAAGUAAAGAUAACAAUGACAGUAAUAUUAAAUUAGUUAAUGAGGAAGGUUCCCUAGUAAGUACACUUAAACUACAGGAAAAAGUUAUGUAUGUAGUGAACAGAAAAAAAAUGAAGUAUUUCAUCGAAAGAGGGUUUCCUAUAGAAUAUAAACUAGUACAUAUGAUUUAUAAAUUUAAUUAA